AGGACUUCAACAGAAAAAAUCCUUUUACCAACUCCGUGCCGAUGCGUUAAUGAACCAACCGUCAACCUUAUUGUUAAUUUUUUUUUUAUAGUGAGCGCCAAAAAUUGAGAACAUACGAAAAAAGUAAGGACCAAGAAAUAAAAAAAAGGUGUUUACCCCUUCCAGCCGAAACUCGAGAAGAUCAAAAAAUGCUGCGACCCAGCUGCCUAGUGUCCUUUUUGGGCCUCUGCCUGGUAAUCAGCCUAGGAAUGCGCUGUGAUGCUAGAGCGGUAAACGUGAGCAACACCUGGACGAUGCCGCAGGAGGGACUGAAUGUCUUCUAUCGCUUCUUCCGCGAUCGCAUAUCCUGGUUCGAAGCCGAUGCCGUCUGUCAAUUUCAUCAUGCCAAUCUUGUGACGGUCGACAACAGUUUUCAAUUCGAUGCAACGCGCGACCUGCUGAGGGAAUUGGAUGUGAACGACAUCGUUUGGAUUGGUCUCAUGCGACCGCAGAACUCGGAUCGUUUUAUGUGGUCGAACUCUCGUCCAUUGGUGGCGGAUACUGGAUACUGGGCCGAGUCCCUUCCCUUAAUGGAUGCUCCACUCUGUGCUGUAAUCGAUCCCAUUCGUGAUUACCGUUGGCAUGCCCUUCGUUGCGGAGGACCCGAAACAGCAUCGUUCCUCUGCGAAAUGCCAGUCCCCAGCUGGGCGGAUGCUUGUAUCCUAAAGGACAUGCCCAAUUUGACCAUGCAGUACAUGGCGGAUACCGCCAGCAUUGAGCUGAUCCGCAAUUGCCAGGAGGAGGGCCUGCUGCGACACACCUGCAAGGGCAAGGAGGAUCGUGAGCGUGCCAUCCGACAACUGAUCUGCCCCAAGGAACGUCUGGAGGCGCAGCGCAUUAACGACAUCACCAACUCACACUUCAAGUCACUGCAGAUCAUCAAUAACAUUCGCACUGACAACAAGGAGAACAACGACAUUGACCUGCUGCCCAACUACGGACGUCGAUCUGGUAUGGCCAUCAAUAUCGAGGUGGCACCGCCAGUCCCUGCCGUUUCCGUUCCCGGUUUGGGUGAAUUAAUGCAGGCGGAUGCACCGGGUUCCGUAUCUCUCUCUGGACUCUAUCGCAUACCGGAUUUAGUACCCAAGCCAGUGAAGAAGGCGGCCAAGAAGGUGAUUACACCAGACUUUGCCAAAAAGUUGCAGGGAAGCCACCAGCAGCAACAGCAACACAACCAGCAGCAGCAACAGCAACAGAAGUCGCGCAAAUCGUUGGUACAUCAGCAUGAGGAGGAGAUGAUGAUGGGCGACCAGCCGGCACUUAGUGAGGAGCAAUUGCCACCGGGAAUGGGUAUGGGAUUGGGCAUACGAAUGCCACUCAACGAGGAUGACAGCAAUAGCGAUGCCUCCAAUGAGAUAUUCGAACACUUGCCGCACAAGAAGAAGAUCCUGCCGCAAGAUUUGCGCACAAUGUCGCCCAUUGUUGAGGCAGAACCGCUUUUAACGACAACUACAACGCUGAAGACAACAACCUUGGCUGCACCGGCAACAGCAACAACAAUAGCGCCAUCAACAACAACAACAACAACAUCGGCAGCAACAGCAACGACUGAAAUGCCAACCACACCAAAAGCGGUGGACACCACAAGCUCGCAGGCGCCAGCAACAACAAGGCCAACAACAACUAUUAGAACCACCACUAUAACAACCACCACCACAACAACAACAACUACACCCCGGCCGAAGGAGACGACAACAACAACAAGAAAGCCGGAGCCAACAACAAUGGUUGCACCACGAACAACAAAGGCAUCAGCAGAAACUCAAUCGAUUGCCACCACAACAACAGCAGCAACAUCAGCUGCCCCAACUAGCACAUCAACAACAACAACAACAACAGCGGCACCAUCAACCAGCCGAGUCACUCCCACGGACAACAACAACAACAACAUGGCCCAUCCAAUUCAUCCCUCGCAGCAGCAACAGCACCACCAGCAACAGAUAUUGCACGAAGGCUCAACGUUGCAGCAGCAACAUGCAACGCACGUGAAUGAGUCCGCCGACAAUACUCGCUUUAUACCGCCAAUGCUGUUGGUGAAGUCGCACUAUGUACCGCCGUCAAAACAUGCCAGCGAGCAUGCAACCACAACAACACCAGCAACAACAACAACCACUACGACAACGGCAGCAACAACAUCAACAACAACAGCAGCAGCAGCACCAACAUCAACUAAAGAGGAAACGCAGCCAUCAACAGUCACGUCAUCGAAAGGGCUGACAGGACCAGUAGCAGGAGAAGCAGCAACAGCGACAGCAACAACAGCAAGACCAACAACAGCAGCAGCAUCAGACACAGUGGCAACAUCAACCGUGACAGCGACAACAGGUGCAGUUGUGGAGGUGACAACAAGCGCGAAAGUAGCUGAAGACACCGCAGCAACAUCAGCAACAACAGCAGCAACGGUAAUUGCCAGUGAAGCGCCAGCAGCAGCAGCAUCUCCAGCAGCAGUGGCAGCAACAACCACUAUUGCAGCUGUAAGACCAACCGCAGCUAAUGAAAUCAAAUUGAAUGCCACAGCAGCAACAUCAUCAGCCCCGGCAGUCGAAACAACAACAAAAGAAAUCGUUCUCAAUCCAAAUAAGGAAUAUAGAUAUCCGCUAGUGAACCAAGGAUCCUUCAAGGUAGAUAACAACGGAAUGGGCAGCCCCGAGGAGGAUGACGAAGACGAGGAGGGGCAUUUGGAGGCCGAGUCAGCCACAAAGCGACACAAUUUCCUCGAGGAGACCGAGGCGCCAUUCAAGCCAAAUCGACGACGCUCGCUAACCAAACCGGAAACGGUUAGCUAUUUCAAGAAGAUCUUGGGCUAAAAACAUACCAGGAGCCACGUUGCUGCAGCCGUAAUCCGCACUAGUAACCGUAAACCGUAAACGUAAUCGUAACAGUUACCAACUGUUAAUCCAUAAAUAAGAAAGAAACCCAAAAAAAAAAAAAGAAAAAAAAAAAACGUAACGAAAGAAAGUAAGAACUACACUCCCUGCAGCCACGUAUUUGGUCUUCAAAAUCAAAGCAAAUUGAAACAGUUGUGUUUUGGGUUUGCCCCGCUGGCCAUUUCCUGCUCAAAAGAUUUCCCCCCAAAAACCCAUAUCCACAUUCCGGCCAAAAGUUUGCGGAGCUACCGCUUCCCAAAAGUCUUGUGUCUCCGGCAGAAAUGCCGGAAAUCCAAGCGGAAACCCAAAAGAAAACUCAACUUAACUCGACUCAACUCCAGUUGCAAGUACCGAAAUAUGUCAAUUUUUCACCGGAACAAAAAAACAAAAAAAAAAAGAAAAUGGAAUGAAAAUGCAAACAAAGAAACAAAUACGCACCCUCAAAAACAGAUACAGAUACAGAUACACUUUACAGCCCGGAGAAAGUGCGAAGUUCGUCAGGUGGCGAUAAAAGAAAGAAAGAAAAAGUAAGAACAAAACUGAAAAUGCUGGAGGAGAUUCCGAUGGAAAAGCAGGGAGUGUGUGCAAUGCAAAGGCCAAAUCUAAAGUACGAUAAACUCUAAAAGAAAAGUGUUUACAAACGUAUACAUAAGGCGUCUGUUUUGGAUUUCCGUUUGCUUUUGCCUACGAGCGACAUGUGGUCACACUGCUCUCAAUCAAGGGGGAAAACUACAAGGGAAAGUGUGAAAAGUGCUGUGGGAAAAAGAAUCGAGAGUGGAAAGCCCUCGUUGCCAAUUAUUCCCCCACUAGCCUUGCACUUGUCGCGUUUUCUGAUUGCUUUUUCUUAGUUUUUCCAGCUUUUUUUUCUACAAGAAUUUGGUUAGACAUUUUCACCACCAAAAAACUUUAAGAAAUUAUUUCGCUUCCAAAUAAAUACAUCUUAAAUUUAGUUCCUUUAAAUAAGACCUUCCUCAUGUCUUUUUAAUAAAUCUCACUAGCUUUUCAUUCAUUUCAAUAAUAAGGUUUCACUUUCCACUCAAAAAAUACGAAAAAAAACAACUUUAACCUUAAAACCUUAAAACCUUUAAAUUCUCCCGAAAAAGCCUAUGAAAAUCCAAAACAGCAUUCGCCAUGCAAAUUAAAUAUUUAUCUAUAAAUUAUGAACCUAUGAAAUAGAUGUUGUUUUUUUUUUGGUGUAUGGAAAUAGUCAAAUACAAUUUGUGUAAGUCAAAAAGGAAGGAAAAAAGAAAAAGCGGGCAUUCGUCAUUUGAAAAUUUUGAGAAAAUUACUUCGAAUGAUUGCGGCAAAUUGGCAGAGCGGAGAAAAUAAAAAUAAAAAUAAAAAUAGAGAUGCGUUGCAAGAAAACGAGCACAGUUAAGAUUAAGCUUAAAUUUAACGAAUCGAAAGAGAAAACCCAAAAGUGGAAAAUAAAACCGAGAAAAGCGGAGACGAGUCCCUAAAUUAAAAGGAAGAAAAAAGGCCGAAAAAUGAAAGCACUUGAUGUAGAGAAUUAUUUGUAGGUACUUGAGAGCAACGGGCAAAUUAAUGCGAUUCCGUUGGGUUACCCUUAAAACAAAAAAAAAAAAGAAAACAGAACAACAUGAAGUAAAAUAGUUUAAAUGUAAACCAAGUAAUGAAUUAUGAAUAAAAAGAAACCCUUUCAAGAAAUUCAAAA